CAGCAACGCCGCGGCACUUUUGUUGCAACUUGUCGCUACGUCUUCAGCGCACGACGCGACUCAGCGACCUCGUCCCGACACUAUGUCGUCGUCAGCCCUGGCGCAGGUCCAGUAUACCCCCGUCAAGCAACCCACCACACCGGCGGCUACAGAGAGCCCGGGCAAUUGGAAGCAUCCCCGCCUCGCGGAGAUUACGCGGCGACAGAGUCGAAACGUCUUCACGGAGAAGAAUGUCCGCCAGGUGGUCUACAAUGUUGUGGCUCUAGUCGCGCUCGGGGUGCUGCGGCAGGGCGUGCUACCCUUUGUGCCGGCCUGGGCAAUCAGUCCCGUAUUGAAGCAGUACAGCAGCUGGAUAACGGCGACACUCGUCAUCAUUCCUCUGAUUAACAUCGCCCUGGCGCUGCUGCCGCUUUACCGGCCGCGCGACGACCUCUCUGACAUUCCCCUCACCCCCGCCCAGCGGAGGCUGCUCGGCUUGCCGCCGAGCUCGAAGCCACCCACGCCGAACUCAGUGUACAGCACGCCCCCGCGGUACUCGAGGACGCCGUCGCUUGCCGGGUCGCCCGCCAGCGUCAAGAGCUACACCAGCUCGCCCGUGUCCAACAUCGCCAGCCCCGGCUCUGGGCAGCAAUACACGUCGCCUAGGUUCAGCACUUCGCCGUCCAAGCUCAAUGUUCCACAAUACUCGCCCUCAUCGGCUAGCCCCUUGCUGCACAAGGCCGUGGGCGGCGGGAGGAGGUCGUCGUUCGGGUCCACCAGCCCGCUCAACGCAAGCACCGCUUCCAGCGUGUUCAGCGACGGCCCUGCGACGCCCACUCCGGCGACAGGGAAGCGGUCGACUGUGGGCCUCAACAACAAGUGGCUGUACGAGAAAGGGAGGAGGAGCUCUGGUAACAGCUGGCUGCAUUCAUAGGGCCUAUGCAUUUGGCGGCAUACUGCACUUUGUCACGGCUAGCGUUGGCCUGGCCCGGUCAUACCAAGUUGGCACCAAAUUGUCUCAUGGCGCAUGAUUCACGACGCGGUUGGAGGUGUCACGAGACUUUGUUCUCUCGGCGCA